UAAUGGGGUUGUGGACUUUGCUCCAAGGCUUUUUGCUACUUGCAAAUGCAUUUGCUGUACUGAAUGAGGAUCGGUUUCUUGGUCCGAGGGGGUGGACCUUGCUACAAAUUCAAGGAGGAAAAACCACGCUUAAGGGACAGAUUAUAGGGUUUAUACAUGCAUGCCAAUACUUCAGAUUACCUCUUAUAGUUUUGAACAUCAUAACCAUUGUAGUGAAGCUAAUCUCUGGGUGAAGCUCUGUGUGAUUUAUGCCUCUUUGUAAUUUAUGAAUUUUGGGCUAGUUAACAUGUUUUUGAUCCAUGGCCUUCGUUGUUGUUGUAGACUACAUAUAGUACCUUAUUUGAAUUGAGUUUCAAAGUUUUCCCCUUUUUACUUC